GGGAGAUGACUAAAUUGAACGUGGAACCCUGCUACAGUGGAUACGUUGGAGAGUGAUAGCCCUGAAGUGCUUUGAAGAUGUUCCAGAGCCUGGAUAUAGUGACUUAUAAUGAUGUGCAUGUGAACUUCACUGCAGAAGAGUGGAAUUUGCUGGAUCCUUCCCAGAAGAAACUUUAUAAAGAUGUGAUGCUGGAGACCUACCGGAACCUCACUGAUAUAGGUUACAGUUGGGAAGAUCAUCAUAUUGAAGAACAACAUCAAAGUUCUAGAAGGCGUGAAAGGCAUGGAAGAAGUCAUACUGGAGAGAAACCACAUGAAUGUAAUCAAUGUGGUAAAGCCUUUUCACGAAAGUCUCAUCUCAAAAUCCAUAAAAGGACACAUAGUGGAGAAAGACCAUAUGAAUGUAAUCUAUGUGGUAAAGCCUUUUCACAUUGCAGUCAUCUCAAAAGACAUAAAAGGACACAUACUGGAGAGAAACCUUAUAAAUGUAAUCAAUGUGGUAAAGCCUUUCCAGGUCACAGUAGUCUCCAAUAUCAUAAAAGGACACAUACUGGAGAAAAACCUUAUGAAUGUAAUCAAUGUGGUAAAGCCUUUUCACAUCAGGAUACUCUCCAAAGACAUAAAAGCACACAUACUGGAGAGAAACCUUAUCAAUGUCAUCAAUGUGGUAAAGCCUUUUCACAUCAGGAUACUCUCCAAAGACAUAAAAGCACACAUACUAGAGAGAAACCUUAUCAAUGUCAUCAAUGUGGUAAAGCCUUUCCACAUCAGAGUGGUCUUCAGUAUCAUAAUAGAACACAUACUGGAGAAAAACCUUAUGAAUGUAAUCAAUGUGGUAAAGCCUUUUCAUAUCAUGGUAGUCUCCAAUAUCAUAAAAGAACACAUACUGGAGAAAAACCUUAUCAAUGUAAUCAAUGUGGUAAAGCUUUUUCAUGUCAUGAUAGUCUUCAAUAUCAUAAAAGGACACAUACUGGAGAGAAACCUUAUCAAUGUCAUCAAUGUGGUAAAGCUUUUUCAUGUCACAGUAGUCUCCAAUAUCAUAAAAUGACACAUACUGGAGAGAAACCUUAUGAAUGUAAUCAAUGUGAUAAAGCCUUUUCAUGUCAACGUCGUCUCCAAUUACAUAAAAGAACACAUACUAGAGAGAAACCUUAUGAAUGUAAUCAAUGUGGUAAAGCCUUUUCAUAUCAUGGUAGUCUCCAAUAUCAUAAAAGAACACAUACUGGAGAAAAACCUUAUCAAUGUAAUCAAUGUGGUAAAGCCUUUCCACAUCAGAGUGGUCUUCAGUAUCAUAAUAGAACACAUACUGGAGAGAAACCUUAUCAAUGUCAUCAAUGUGGUAAAGCUUUUUCAUGUCACAGUAGUCUCCAAUGUCAUAAAAUGACACAUACUGGAGAGAAACCUUAUGAAUGUAAUCAAUGUGAUAAAUUCUUUUCAUGUCAAAGUCGUCUCCAAUUACAUAAAAGAACACAUACUAGAGAGAAACCUUAUGAAUGUAAUCAAUGUGGUAAAGCUUUUUCAUAUCAUGGUAGUCUCCAAUAUCAUAAAAGAACACAUACUGGAGAAAAACCUUAUCAAUGUAAUCAAUGUGGUAAAGCCUUUCCACAUCAGAGUGGUCUUCAGUAUCAUAAUAGAACACAUACCGGAGAGAAACCUUAUCACUGUAAUCAAUGUGAUAAAGCCUUUUCAUGUCACAGUAGUCUCCAAUAUCAUAAAAAGACACAUACUGGAGAGAAACCUUAUCAAUGUGAUAAAGACUUUACACAUCACAGUGGUCUCCAAUAUCAUAAUAGAGCACAUACUGGAGAGAAACUGAAUGUCAUGAAUGAGGUAAAGCCUUUCCAGGACACAGUCAUCUCUGAAUACACAAAAGAAACGUGCAGGAGUGAAACCUUAUGAUUUUAAUGAAUGUGGUAAAGCCUUUGCAUGUGACUGUACUCUUCAAACACUUAAAGAAUCAUACGCUUUAGGGAAACCUUACAAACGUAAUGAAUGUGGUAAAGCCUGUGCAUAUCUCUGUGGUCUCCAAAGAACACAAACUGAGUAGAAACUUUUGAUUGUACUAAAGUUGGGAAAUUGGGAGACUGUAAGCCAGGCCCAAUUAUGUAUUUGCCUUUAACACAGAUGCCUUGGUUACAGUGUCUUUUCUUAGCAACGGAGAUUCUAAGACACAAGUUUGUACUCCAGAUUUAAGCAUUGCUAUGAAAGGCCUGACCAUGUUUUUUUUGUUUUGUUUUGUUUUGUUUUGUUUUGUUUCAUGGAACAGUGUGGAUUUUUAGAUUUGGAUUUGUACAUGCAUUAAGUGGAACUUAAUGCACCGCCCUAGUAGAAAUAUCAAACACAUAUGUACUGAGGGUGAUUUGAACUUUGUAUAUAGUUUUUAUGAUGUUUUGCUGAAGAAUGUUUCUGUCUUUUGCCCUUG